UCUCAUGCAGCAGCGAACAACACAAAUUAAGUAGUGGAGUGUCAGAACUUGGGAGGCACAAAUUAAGUACAAAGCAGUCUAAUUAAUGACGGGCCCGAUGGAGAUUCCGGUGAUCGAUCUCGGCGGCCUCAACGGCGGCGGCGAGGAGAGGUCGCGGACCUUGGCGGAGCUCCACGACGCCUGCAAGGACUGGGGCUUCUUCUGGGUGGAGAACCACGGCGUGGACGCGCCGCUGAUGGACGAGGUCAAGCGCUUCGUCUACGGCCACUACGAGGAGCACCUGGAGGCCAAGUUCUACGCCUCCGCCCUCGCCAUGGACCUCGAGGCCGCCACCAGAGGUGACACUGAUGAGAAGCCCUCCGACGAGGUGGACUGGGAGUCCACCUACUUCAUCCAGCACCACCCCAAGACCAACGUCGCCGACUUCCCAGAGAUCACGCCGCCGACACGAGAGACGCUGGACGCGUACGUCGCGCAGAUGGUGUCCCUCGCGGAGCGUCUGGCCGAGUGCAUGAGCCUCAACCUGGGCCUCCCCGGGGCCCACGUCGCCGCCACCUUCGCGCCGCCGUUCGUGGGCACCAAGUUCGCCAUGUACCCGUCCUGCCCGCGCCCGGAGCUGGUGUGGGGCCUGCGCGCGCACACCGACGCCGGCGGCAUCAUCCUGCUCCUCCAGGACGACGUCGUGGGCGGCCUCGAGUUCCUCAGGGCCGGCGCCCACUGGGUCCCCGUCGGCCCCACCAAGGGGGGCAGGCUCUUCGUCAACAUCGGGGACCAGAUCGAGGUCCUCAGCGCCGGCGCCUACCGGAGCGUCCUGCACCGCGUCGCGGCCGGGGACCAGGGCCGCCGCCUGUCCGUGGCCACGUUCUACAACCCUGGCACCGACGCCGUGGUCGCGCCGGCGCCCCGCAGGGAUCAGGACGCCGGCGCCGCGGCGUACCCCGGUCCCUACAGGUUCGGGGACUACCUCGACUACUACCAGGGCACCAAGUUCGGCGACAAGGACGCCAGGUUCCAGGCCGUCAAGAAGCUGCUCGGCUAAGCGAACAGCUGCAAGUAGGCAGAGGCAGCUUAGCUCGUGGACUAUGCAUAGUUUCAAGCUUGCUGCUUGCUUCUUGUUCGAUCCAUUGUCUGCAUGCGUACUGUUGCGUGUUUAAAUUUAGCAAAUCUUAUACGUAGUCGUUACUGGUACUACGUAUUCUGUGGUUGACAAUACAUUGUUGCGGUUUAAGGGCGCAUCCGUUUGGUGGACUUGCA